UGAACUACAAUGCAAAGCAUAUAUAAAGGGAUGGGCUCAAUGACAACCUUGAAUCCUAACAUCGCAUAGAGCUCAGGUCAGGACGCAGUCUACCUACUGCCUCACUCUAUAGAGGCUUGAUCUACAAGCUUGGUGAAUUGCAGGAGCGACGCGAUUCUCGCUCACACUGCUGACAUCUCGUUGUCAGCGAUCGUCAUACCACCCUCCACGAUACAAUGACCCAAUCUCUCUUGUUCUUGGUACUCGGAGCCACAGGAGGUACUGGCAAGCAUUUUGUCACGCAGUGUCUUCGUGAUGGACAUCGCGUCAGAGCCCUCGUCAGGACACCAUCAAAAUUGCCCUCCGAAGCCGCCGAUAAGAUCGAAGUCGUUCAAGGAUCCAUCACGGACAAUGUGGAUACCGACGCACUCGUCAAAGGGGUCGACUAUGUUGUCGCCAUGCUCGGAGAUAAAGAAACACAACAAACGAGAAAAGUCUGCUUGGAAUUCGUCCAGAAACUUGUCCCUUCGAUGCGCGAGAACGGAGUCAAACGAUUCCUAUUCCAGGCCGGUGGUCUCAGUCGACCAUACGGGGGAUCGCUCACCCCUCUUCUUUGGUUUCUACGAUACACGCUGGCAUAUGCGGGAGGGUUCCACGGACAACAUUUGGACAAUGAAGCUGUGAUGGAAUACCUCUCAACCCAAGCAAUGGAUAUCGAAUGGAUCGUCCAUCGUGCUGGGAUCGGCUCCGACGGUCCUUCCAAGGGCAAGCUUGCCCGAUCGCCUUCCACUUUCAGUAUCGGGACGCACGUGGACUGUGCAACUUACAGCUUCGACUUGGUUCAGGAUGCCAGCGCGGUACAUACGAGCGAUUUCAGUCACUACGUCUAGAUCGAUAACAGAUGAUGAGGGCACGCACAAUUUGUAGCAUACAUUUUCGCUUUCGGGCUCACACCAGCCUACAGAUGCAGGACAUGACUUUCUGUUACUCGGAGGCGGAGGGACAAGGCCAAAGCGACUGAUCAGUAUCAAAGAUCCUCUCCGAACUUUGAAUACCGCCGAGUUUUAUGCAAGCUGAGACGGCAAAGACAGGUACUCGUGUCUGGACAGAGCAUGUCCUCAGGCGGCAUAACCUGCAUAGCGUUGCGUGUAGCCUGAUAUGUGUCACAGCUCAGCAGAAACCCGCACUCCCUAGCAGCAGCCAUCUAG